GUGCGCGGGGACUAGUUGCCGCGGCGGAGGGGCGGUCCGGCCUGCAGGAUGCACCGCGGCUCAGUGUUGUCGCCGCCAUUUGAAGGUCUUAGUUGUGUGGUGGUGUCCCUCGAUUUGCUUGUAUUGAUGCUUUAUUUAGUGCCGAAGUGAGUUCAGUGUGUGUUGAGGUUAUGCAAUGUAAGCCUCAUGUUGUGGAGAGAAGUGGGUGGCGCGGAAAUAAGUGCUAUGUGAAGUAAGAUGGAGGAGAAGGCUAAGAGUAACCGCAGACGCCGAGAGAGAGCUCUAAAAAUGAGGGCCGAAAUCUCGGAGAGCGCUAAGGCUUCGGAGGAUAGCUGCGAGGAGAGCGUUCCUCUGGUACGGACCAAGCCGCCGCGCCCUCGCAAGAAGAGUAAGGAUCCACUCUUUGAGGAGGAUGUAGUCGAAGGCUUCGCUUUUCUCGCCUUCAAGACCUACGAGGACCUGGAGGUGAGUGGAGGCCCAGCGUGGCGCUCCGUGACAUGUUCACAGUUGUUAGGGCGUCCUGGAGGCCUGGUCUGGGCGUGCCCUGGCCCCACCAGGGGCCCCAGGGGGCACGGGUGCCCUGGCCAGGCCCCUGGGAGAGUGCACACCCGGGGUAGGGAGCAACAGAGGGCGAUGCAGGGACGGGGGGAACGUGGCGCUCGGCGAACAAUGGUGGGCUCCCGCACGCCACCAUCGACCCUCGGCCCGGGCGCCGCAAGGACGGAAUCCGCGUGGCGGCCCGCACGCCCUGCAACACAGAACACACACACACAUGCUGCACUCCACCACGCCGCUGCUGCUGCUGCUGCUGCUGCUGCUGCUGCUGCUGCUGCUGCUGCUGCUGCCUCGCCCCCGCCACAGCACUUGCUGCACUCUCUUCCACCACUGCUGCCUCUCACCACCACACUCCCACACACACUCCCCCCCUCCUGCCGGCAUUGCCCACGUCAACACCUCCUCCUGCAGCAGCGACUCCUGUGCCUCUGUGCAAACAACCACCUCUCCUACCCCGCGGUGGAAAAUGUGGAGGCAUUAUAUUUGUCAGAGUGGCGGAAGUGGGACUUACUCUCGUGGGAUGAUGAGUAUCCCGUGAGCCGUGAAAAUGUUACGUGUCAUGGAAAUGAACGCGUGCGGCUAAAUGUUAGGGGAGGCUUUCCAUUUCGUUUGAUUCUGAAGCCAAAUAGAAUUCGAGGUUUGAGAAUUUCAAUGUUCAGUACUUCCGGUAAUAAGAAACAUAGCUGUGCUACUCAGAUUUCUUCGCAAAAUUCGGCAUUGGAUAUUCAUGUUAAGUAUAUUGAAAAAAAGUAUAUUAGAAACUGA